GCUCUCUAAGGGCCAGUGGGUGAUCUGCGCUCGGGCCGCUGUAUCCCGGCUGCGGAAAGAUGGCAGGGGCCGCGGGCUGCUUCUCCGACGAGCAGUUCCGGGAGGCCUGUGCGGAGCUCCAGCAGCCGGAGCUUGCCGGGGCCGACUGGCAACUGCUGGUGGAGGCCUCGGGCAUCACCAUCUACCGGCUGCUGGACCAGCCAACUGGACUUUAUGAGUAUAAAGUGUUUGGUGUCCUGGAAGGUUGUUCACCAGCUCUGCUCGCGGAUGUGUACAUGGACUUGGACUACAGGAAAAAAUGGGACCAAUAUGUAAAAGAACUCUAUGAAAAGGAAUGUGAUGGACAGAUGGUGGCCUACUGGGAAGUGAAGUACCCCUUCCCUUUGUCCAACAGAGAUUAUGUCUACAUCCGCCAGCGACGAGACCUGGAUGUGGACGGGAGGAAAAUCUACGUGGUCCUGGCCCAGAGCAUCUCCGUACCUCAGUUUCCUGAGAAGUCUGGGGUGAUCCGAGUGACGCAGUACAAGCAGAGCCUGGCGAUUGAGAGUGAUAGCAAGAAGGGGAGCCGAGUUUUCAUGUACUACUUUGAUAACCCGGGUGGCCAAAUUCCGUCCUGGCUCAUUAACUGGGCAGCCAAGAAUGGCGUUCCAAACUUUUUGAAAGACAUGGUGAAGGCUUGUCAGAAUCACCCCAAGAAAACCUAACAAGAAGGAUGGGACCCCAGCAUCCAUGAGUGGUAUCUCUGGAUGUGUUCCAAACGAUGCUCAGCCUCCCCUCCACACUCUCCAUCUUCAGAGGUCGACAUGGAUCCCUGGAGUGCUUGCCUGUUGCCUGUCUCAUUUGCUGCCUUCGUUCACACCGGUUCUACUCAGGGCCCACUGCCUUCUUACACUAUUGAAAGGGUGGUCUCUGCUUCUUUGUUUUUAAUUAGGGAAAUCCUCAGCAGGGAAGAAAAGCAUUCUGUUGUACCAUUUUAGGGGGAUGAGUAAGAGGAGGAAGGACGUCAAAACACGAGAGUGACCCUUCCUGGCAAGCAGGCUCUCUUCAAUACUCUCGUGCAGCUCAGGAGUGACUGCCUUUGGCCCAUAGUUGACCUUCCAUGUUCCAACCUUGGGGACACAGUGAUGUCCGUUCUCUUUAUGCUUUGCUGAUUGGGAUAGAUUGGGAUUUGAGGCAACAAGCAAGUAUUCUUACUUGUGCAGGAUCACGGGCUGCUGUGAUAUCAGAUUACUGUGAGCGUCCCAGGCUUGACUGAGCACAUGUUGAGAUGACCACAUUUCCCUAAUUGCCCACAUCUGGACUUUUCCUUUCCCAUAAGCCACUGGGAAAAUGCUGCCUGUAACCUUUGCGCAUUUGACCGCAAGCCCAAGGCUUUAAGAGCGAAGAGAGCUGGUGCACAGCACUAUGACUGUGUCUCGCUAAGCAGUAAGGUAACUUUUCCUUCUAGAAUGUUUAGCGAUGUUGAAGGGACAAUAAUAGUUUACAACCAAGGCAAAUUGAAGUAGUGGUCUGCUGUGCCCUUUGCCUUUUUCUUUGGAAUUCUACCUCUCCGAAACAAGGACCCUUGGAGCCCUAGUUUUAUCCUGAAUUUUUGUAGGAAAAUAUAUUCUGUGGCCAAGACACAGUCUCCGUGAUCUCAGGGAAAAGCUCUAAUAGGACUGUGCAAACCUUGAUGAACAGAUAUGGAAACUCAGGAUUCAAACAAAGCCAGAAGAAAGGGAUUGUUAAAGUGGUGUUCCUUAAAGUGUGUGUUCUCUCUGGGAGGAAAGGUGUGUUCUAUGAAUAAACAAACAAACAAACAAACAAAUAAAUAAAGCACAGCGACUUACGCUUC